AUUGUGGAAUUUAAUUCUCUUAUAUUACAAUUAAAUUUAUCAUUAAAGAAGUAAUGGGUUAAAAAUGAAGCUGUAUAAGCUAAUAGUACAUCAAAAAACCUUCAGUGAGGAAGAUUUAAUAAUUAAUCCAAAAGAUCAUCCUAAUAUAAAAACUGGAGAUGUUGUUGAAAUUUAUCAUCCAGAAGUUGAAUUUAGUCGUUUACUUCUUCAAGUCACAUCAUUUAAAGAAGAUUUACAAGGACGUGAGACAAUUAGUGUGGAAAAUAAUGUAGCUACAAUGUUUCAAUUAAGAACAUUUACAGAUGUAUAUAUGAAUGUUGUUAAUCCAGAUGAUGUAGCUUUGGAUUCUGUUGAGCUUACUUUUAAAGAUCAAUAUUUGGGUCGGAGUGAAAUGUGGAGACUAAAAAAUAGCUUGGUAAAUACUUGUGUAUAUAUGAACAAAAAGAUUGAAUUCUGUGGAGGCAGUAUAAGAUGUCAAGUAUAUGAAAUGUGGUCUCAAGGUGACAGAGUUGCUUGUGGUGUUAUAAAUAAUGAUACUAAGGUUGUGUUUCGUUCUUCAACAAGUAUGGUAUAUCUUUUUAUUCAAAUGAGUUCAGAAAUGUGGGAUUUUGAUAUUCAUGGUGAUUUAUAUUUUGAAAAAGCUGUUAAUGGAUUUUUAGCUGAUUUAUUUCAAAAAUGGAAAAAGAAUGGCAGUAAUCAUGAAGUAACAAUAGUUCUAUUUUCAAGAACAUUUUAUAAUGCUAGCAGUCCAGAAGAAUUUCCAAAUCAUAUGCGUGAGUGUUUGCAACAUGAUUAUAGGGGAAGAUUUUAUGAAGAUUUCUAUAGAGUGGUAGUUCAAAAUGAAAGAUUUGAAGAUUGGAGUAAUGUAUUGGUACAAUUACGUAAACUAUUCACAGACUAUCAAAAAAUUGUAUUAGAAUAUCACCAAAAACCAGGUGUUUCUAUACCAAAAGCAGUUAAUUCAACAGCUGCCCAAGGCAAUUUUUUAGAAGUUUUAAAUAUGUCUUUAAAUGUAUUUGAGAAACAUUAUCUGGAUCGUAGUUUUGAUAGAACUGGUCAAUUAUCUGUAGUGAUUACACCUGGUGUAGGUGUUUUUGAAGUUGACAGAGAAUUAACAAAUGUUACAAAACAAAGAAUUAUUGAUAAUGGAGUUGGUAGUGAUUUGGUAUGUGUUGGUGAGCAACCAUUACAUGCAGUACCUCUGUUAAAGUUUCAUAAUAAAGACACAUCUAUUAAUGCACCUGAUGAUUAUAGUAUGCCACAUUGGAUUAAUCUUAGUUUUUAUUCAACAAAUAAAAAAAUUCCUUAUUCCACAUUUAUACCUCGUAUAAAACUUCCUCAAAGAGUAUCAAAACAAUCAAUGGAAAAUGGAAAAUUGCAAUGUAAAAAUAAACUUUUGCAAGAAGAUUCAAGAGAAUGUUUACAUAAUACUUUAUUUGAUUAUGAUGCAUAUGAUGCACAAGUUUUUCAGUUACCUUCAGUUCACACAUCAAGUAGUUUGCAACGGGUUACAACAAGAACUAAAAAAACAAGUGUUACAAGUAUGGAAACACAUAAUAAUGCACAUAUAUUAAAACUUUUAAAAAGAAAAAUGUCAGAUCCUGAUAUACAUCAUCCACCACCUGAAUCUCACUCACCUCCAGCUGCCACAAGAAGUGCAGCAAUUUUAAUACCUUCUAGAAUAGAUGAUAUAACUAGUAGUGAAUCUAAUGGAGAAGUUAAUGAAUCAAGAAUAUCAGUAAAAAGCGAUUUAACCGAUUCAGAAAUAUCACCACCAUUUAGGCCAGUUGUUGGUAGUGCUGGAAGUCCCACAAAUACAAUAUCUCAACCUACAAAUAUUAGACCAAGUAGAGCACUUAUAAAUCCAUUUGAUCCAUCUCAUGUUACGAUUAAAUUAACUAGUAACAGACGGAGAUGGACGCAUAUUUUUCCUAAAGGACCAACAGGUGUGCUUAUACAGCAACAUCAUUAUCAAGCUGUACCAACACAAAUGUGUUCAGAAUCACAAUCUGAUAUUACUUCUAUUAUAAGUGGUUCCUCUAUGGAACAUAAUGACAUCUCUAAUUCAAAUAAUAUUCAAGAUCAUAUAAAAAAUAAACCACAAAGAUUAAAUCUUUCAUUAUCAAAUGCUGAUAAAAGUGGGAAUCCAAUAUCUUCUACAGGAAAUAAAUCUUUAACAUUAUUAUGGGGUGCUACUGGUGAACAGGAAUGGACACCAGCACUUACAACAGCAAUCAUAGGUGUUGAUUGGAAAUCAUUGACAAUUCCAGCAUGUUUGCCUAUUACUACAGAUUAUUUUCCUGACAAAAGAAGCUUACAAAAUGAUUAUGUGGUAUCAGAUUAUAAUCUUCUACCUGAUGAUGUUAAUACAGAUUUUGCUCAACAACGAGCUAUAUAUAAAAAGCCUUUAACAACUGCCGAAGUAUUUAAAGAACUUGUAUCACAAAGAUUAGCGCAGGGUUUUCAAUUAAUUAUCUUAGCACAAAAUAAUAAAAAUCAAAGCAAUACACCUGGUAGUACUACUGUUCCUGCAAUAAGUUCUGUAAUGCGAGGACGGCAAACAGAAUCAGAACCUAAAGAAGAAUAUUUGCUAAGUAUUGGUAGAAUAUUUCAUAAAAUAUCUUUAUUUGAUAAUUGUAUAACAGUAACAAGAUAUCGGCCAAGACAUCCAUAUCCUCCAUUUAAUAUUCAUUAUCUUUAUCGAUUUCAUGCACCACAUCAUGAUACUUAUGAAGUAUCAUGGAUAUCUUUUACAACAGAAAAAUUAGAAAAUUAUAAUUGGAAUUAUUUAGACCAUUAUAUUUGUACUAGGGGUCAUACCGAUUUUGCUUUAGUAGAGGCACUUAAAUAUUGGAGAUUUCGCGUAUUUUUACUUCCUUUACAUAAUUCUGCGAUUCGAAAAUUUUCAGAAGGAUCAUCAAGAUGUGAUAUAUACACGCCUCUCACUACUUCUGAACAAGUUUUUCUCUUGGAUGGAUUUUUACGAUUCAUUGAACUAUGGCCCAAUAAAAUACGACGUCCGAAUCCAAAUAAAAAUUGGAACCCUUCAACUCUAGGUGGUGUUUCCCAGAGAGAUCCCGCCUCUCACUUGACCAGGCGCAGGCACAGCACGAGCCUGAUUGUCCUCACUAACCAGAAAAUAUUGGUAGUGAGUGAGGGAGUGACGGGGUUCUCUGUACAGGAGAGGCAUGUAGUGAAUACCGCUGCGGCUGCCCGCACGUGCCUCGACACUCCUCGCCACGUGCCAAACAGAUCAGGUUCCAAAGUGAUGGAUAGAGGACGAAUCUCACCCGCUAGUGAAGCUGUGUUACCUCUUUCACUUGAGCAACAGCAAGAUCAUUUUGAUUCUAAUGAGGAUAGUUCAAGCAUGGAAUUGACGAAGUUAAAAAAUACUGCAUCGAAUAACGAGAUUCUAGAGGCAAUGAAACAUUCGCAAAAUGGAGUGGGAUUUCUUACACAACAUCCAUCUCUUCCAAGUCAAACAUUUGUCAGUGCAGAUGCAGUACAAUGGCUAAAUAAUCAUAUAGAAGGAGGAGUGACAGUAGAGAAUGCUAUUAAUAUAAUGAAUGGUAUGAUACAGGAUAAGUUAAUAUGUCAUGCAUCUGGAGAUUUUUCAAAACCAUUCAUUCUAGGAUUUUAUUUAUACCAUAUAGUACAAGAUAAAGAAAAUCAAAGAGCUGGAGAUUAUUUUUCACCUCUAGGAGACUUGCAAAGUUUUGAAAAUGAAUGGGUAGAAGUUGAAAUAAAAGCACCCAAAGGUUGGUGCGAACCUCCCUCGUCAGGAUCAUUUCCUCCGAUGACUAUAUCUAAUUGCGAUACCGUGGAUGAAUCAAAUGUAGUAUCAUUUCUUAAAGAUGAUUUAGACAUAUCAGAUAUUGCAGAUGAAGCAGACUGGCAAGUUCCAUUAUAUAAACACACUCAUUUAGAUAUAGAUAUAAACAAUAAAAGUGAUAGAAUUGAAUGGGGACAUUUAAGAUAUCAAUCCAUAUAUAAAGUGGAUCAUUCUUAUGAACUAGUAGUACAAUGGGUUGCAUCAUCUGGUAGUAUAGUCGCUGAUCUCAUAUUUGUGUGCCAACGUAAGGCUCAAACAUGUGGAAUUCAAAUGGUUCCUAUUCCCAGUGAUUUGUUAGCACUACCAUUCACUUUAAGAAGUGAUCCUUUAAGAGGACCUAUUUUUAUACCAUUAAAUACUGAAUGUCUUAUGGCAAAUAAACGACAUCUUUUUGAAGAAUUUCGAGAGGAAACUUAUGCACAAAGAUUCUUUCUGUUUCAAGAAACAAUCAUACAAAGAUUUGGUUUUGUUCCAUGUUUAAUAGAAAGUACUGAAAAUGAUCAUCAAUAUGUUCACAUGACUGGUAAUGCAUUUAUAUUAAUUCCUUCUACAAUAAACACAAAAGCUCGUCCUCGAACUGCUACCAAUAUUGUAAGACGAAAUACGGGACAGAAAGGAUAUCCAAUUCAUUCUGAUCAACCUAGUCCUCAUGAAGCAUAUAUUACAAGACAUGUUAGCGGGAAAAAUAAAGAUGAUUAUAAUAAAGAUAAAAGGAUUGGAUUUCUUUGGUCAUGGAAUCAUAUGAUUAGUCGAAAAUGGAGAUCGUCAUCGACAUUAAUCGGCGAUGAAUUAUUUCAAAAAAAACUUAUUCAAGAUUUUAGACAUUUUUGUUCAAAUGGGGACAACAGAUUAAAACAAUUUUGGGAAUCUUGUUGGGAAAUAAAAGAAAGAUCAUGUACGAAAACGAACUAAAAUAUCAAGUAAAAUAUAUAACAUAGAUAUUGUUUUAUAAGUUAAUAUCUUAAUUAAUAUUUAAGAAAUUUAAUUUCACUACCAUUAAAAUAAGUAUCUCAUUUAAAUAGUUAAGAAAUAAUUUAAACUGUACUAUGUACUUGUGAUACGAUUAUUCUUAUGAAAACGAAAGUAUGUACAAAAAUUAAUGAUAUAUUUUAGUGUUUAAAAAACAACGUAAAAGAACUGAAAAGCAAUGUUUAUAAUACAUAUUUCAAGUUUACUUAGUUUGCAUAAGAUAUUUGUUUACGAAAUUAAUGAUGAUAAUAAAUUUAUAAUUUUUGUUACUAA